AUGCCUCCUCGAAUCCGCCUCCCCCCCUCCACCACCUACUAUUACUCCCUCCCCCUCCGCCGCCUCUAUUCCACCGCAGAGCCCCUCAUCCGCGUCACCAACCUCCCCGCGGCCCCGGCCGGCCAGCCCUCCAACGGCCACAUCCGCAUCCUCGAGCUCAACCGCCCCGACGCCCGCAACGCAAUCUCGAGGGCCCUGCUGGCCUCCCUGCGCGCCGAGAUCCACGACGUCCAGCGCCAGUACGGGCCCGACGGCGAGGAGCUUCCCGCGCCGCAGCGCUUCGGCGGCGCCGCGGGAGUCGACGAAAAGGGUCCCACGAGGGCCCUCAUCCUGGCCAGCGCCGUCGAUACGUGCUUCUGCGCUGGCGCUGACCUGAAGGAGCGGCGCGGAUUCACCCAGGAAGAAACCGCCGAAUUCCUCGCCAACCUCCGCGGCACCCUCACCGACAUCUCCAACCUCCAGAUCCCCACAAUCUCCGCAAUCUCCUCCCUCGCCCUCGGCGGCGGCCUCGAGCUCGCCCUCUCCACCCACUUCCGCGUCCUCUCCUCAAACGCCACCGUCGGUCUCCCCGAGACCCGCCUCGGCAUCAUCCCCGGCGCCGGCGGCACAUACCGCCUCCCCGCCAUCGUCGGCCUCUCCCGCGCCCGCGACCUCGUCCUCACCGGCCGCCGCGUCGCCGCCCCCGAGGCGUACUUCCUCGGCAUCGCCGACCGCCUCGUCGAGGUCCUGCCCGAGGACGAGCGCGACGCCAGCAGCGGCGGUUCUGCUGCUGCUGACGGGGCCAAGGGCAGCAACAUCUUGGAGACUGCCCGCAGGGCCGCGCUCUCCGAGGCCGUUAGGCUGGCGCAGGAGAUUUGCGAGGGCGGGCCCGUCGCCAUUCGCGCCGGCUUGCAGGCUGUCGCUUGGGCGAGGGAGGAGAAGGAGAAUGAGAUGUACCAGAGGGUUGUCAACACGGAGGACAGGAACGAGGCUUUGAAGGCGUUUCAGGAUAAGCGGAAGCCCAUCUUCAAGGGUCGGUAA